AUGAGCUAUCUGUCGAUCACAUGGCUGUUCUGGAUGUGGCUGACCGUGUCGGUCUACUGGCUGGCGCCGCGCACGGCGCGCCAGUUCGUGCUGAUGGCGAUCACGGUGAUUUUCCUUGCCAGCCGUUCGCCGGAUUCGGCGAUCCUGCUGCUGCUCUUCACCGCGAUCACCCAUCUGGCCGGCAACAUCGCCGCGCCGACAUUCCGGCCGGUCGCGGCUGCGAUCAUCGCCAUGCUGGGCGUGCUCGGCUAUUACAAGAUCACCCAGCCGGUGAAUCUGGACAACCUGCUCGACACGGUCGCCAUCCCGCUGGGCCUGUCCUACUACACGUUCCGCUGCAUCCACUUUCUGAUGGAGCGCUACAAGUCUGCGAUCCCGCGCGCCGGCGCCCAUGAACUGGCCGGCUAUCUUCUGUUCCUGCCGACCAUCGUCGUCGGCCCGAUCAACCGCUUCGACGACUACCGGCGCGACCUCAACCGGCAGCGCUUGGACCCGGCGCUGAUCUCCGAGGGCGCCGAGCGCAUCCUUUACGGCUAUGCCAAGAUCGUCAUCCUCUCCAACUUCCUGACCGAGGGCGUGCUCGGCGACUACAUCGCCACGUUCGACGAUCCUGCCGCGCAGCACGUCAUCUAUCUGGAAAUCGUCCAGAACGGGCUGAACCUCUACUUCCAGUUCUCGGGCUAUUCGGACAUCGCCAUCGGCUUUGCGCGCCUGCUCGGCUACCGGGUGAUGGAGAACUUCAACUGGCCCUAUCUGCAGCCCAACAUCUCGGCCUUCUGGCGGUCGUGGCACAUCUCGCUGUCACGCUGGUGCCGCGACUAUGUCUAUUCGGUCGUCGUCGCCCAGACGCGAAGCCCGGCGCUCGGCGCCAUGGCAACGAUGAUCGCCAUCGGCCUGUGGCACGAGAUCUCGCUGCGUUUCCUCUUGUGGGGCGCCUGGCACGGGAUCGGGCUGAUCGUCUGGCAGAAGAGCCAGGGCUGGACGACGCGGUUCGAGCAGGCGCUGCCGGAAAGCGCGCUGCCCGUGCUGCAUGUGGCCAAGGUCGUCUUCACCGUCCAUUUCGUCUGGCUCGGUUUCGUCAUCCUGACCGCCGGCACGCCGGGGGCCGCGCUUGAAACCUAUGGCCGCCUGUUCGGCCUGAUCGACUGA